UCCCGCCCGGCGGGCGGUGCCUAGAGCCAGACGACGGGUUUGAGCUGCUGGAAAGGGCCCCGGAGAGGCGCCGGGGAGCCGGGAUUUCUCCGGAGGGGCGCGCGCUCGUCCCCAGCCCGCCCUGGCCAGGUACCCGCCGGUCCCCGGCUCUGCGGACCAGGUGUCCCCUGCCGUGCCUGAGGCCCCGCCAUGGCCCAGCAGAGAGCCCUGCCUCAAAGCAAGGAGACGCUGCUGCAGUCUUACAACAAGCGGCUCAAGGAUGACGUCAAGUCCAUCAUGGACAACUUCACCGAGAUCAUCAAGACCGCCAAGAUUGAGGACGAGACGCAGGUGUCGAGGGCCACUCAGGGCGAGCAGGAUAAUUACGAGAUGCACGUGCGAGCCGCCAACAUCGUCCGAGCCGGCGAGUCCCUCAUGAAGCUGGUUUCCGACCUCAAGCAGUUCCUCAUCCUCAACGACUUCCCGUCGGUGAACGAGGCCAUCGAGCAGCGCACCCAGCAGCUGCGAGCUCUGCAGGAGGAGUGCGACCGGAAGCUGGUCGCCCUGCGGGAUGAGGUCUCCGUAGACCUCUACGAGCUGGAGGAGGAGUACUACUCGUCCAGCUCAAGUCUUUGCGAAGCUAAUGAUCUGCCUCUGUGUGAAGCUUACUGGAGGCUGGACCUCGACACAGACUCCGCUGCCGGCCUCUCAGUCCCUCUGCCGGCGUCCCCGGAGCCCAGUACUGGCCCCCUGCAGGCUGCAGCCCCUGCCCACUCCCACGCCGGUGGCCCCGGCCCCACGGAGCACGCCUGAGCCUCCCAGGGCUCCUCUCCCCGGGCCCCUAGACCUUAGGAAUGAAUCCAGUGCUCCCUCCCCUCU